AUGCUCAGCGACGAUCUUAGGACUGCUCUUGUAGAAAAGGCUGAAUCUACUAAGAGAAGCAUCGCACAAGAAAAUUUACAGGUCGCAGAUGCGAUCGCUAGAAUAGAAAUUCCUACGAUGGAUUUCUCGAUUCCUGACCCCGACUGGAAAGAAAUCCCGCUAGAUUCUGGAUUGCAACUAGAGUGGAUAGAAAUGACAUGCGAAGCUUUUAACGUACCCUCAUGGCCAAAGGGCUCUCAAGCAGAACGAGAGCUUCGCUGGUCCCCCUUUCCGUCCAAGAUGGGCCAUAUAUCUACAAAUGAGAUAAUUAUAGGCGAUGACAUUGCAAACGUCUUACUCAAUUUUUCGGGUCCCCUCGAAGUCCCAACAAGUGGGGAGUAUGUCUGGAAACACCCAGGUCUGGCCAUUCUUCGGGAAUUGGAUGAGGAUGAAGAGGAACAGGAAUUACCUUACGUUUCCGGCGAGGAAAAUAAUAUCGAAUCAUUGGUGAGAAAGAGGCGACGAGAACUCAGCAACUCGUCAGAUUCAGUUUCGCCAGUCAAAGCAGUUCAUGCCCUUCAAGCCAUAGGAAUAGAAUCAUAUCAAACUCCACUUGACGAGCAAGGUCAGAACUCCCACCUUCUCCUCAGUUGCAACGAUACUUCCGCCACGUCGACUCUACUUUCCAACUACCUCGACUUUCAUACCGCAAAAAGGCAAAAGAAUAUGAAAAGUCCCUUCUUCCCAAAAUUUACUAAACAAGUAGACGAUGUCCAAACAAAUGUGAAUUUGAGUGCCUCGACAAAAAGUCAACUGGAUGAAACAUCAGUAUCGAAGCCAGAGCCAGAGAAGGAACCGUUAAUUCCCGCUCCUUGUCCUCCAUUACAACCAGCCCUUACGCACAUGAAGAUAAUAAAGGCGCUGACACUUGAACGAGGCGUAUUUUCCCGCCUUGAGAAAUCCCACCCGGAUAUUGAAAUAAUCGAACGUGAUUUCGAGCGCUGGAAUUCUUCAGCAUGGAAUCGUAAUUCAGUAUCUCGGUCGCCGAUCACGUCACCACUGGCCGCCGAAGCGGACAUAAUUGUUUCGCCUGCCACUGGAAUCGUAAUGACUACGUUGCUUAGAGCUAUACAGAAGCCACCUCCAGGCCAGAAGGGCCUUUCAAAGGUCCGGGAGCGUAUCCGUAAUGUUGCGCUUCGGUACGAACGUCUCAUCAUCCUUGUAUCGGAAGGAAAUCGCGUUGAUGAGACAGCUCGGAAUCUUACGCCUGCAGAGUGUGCUGGAUUUGCUGAUUUUGUCGGCUUCGCUACUGGACUGGACACGAAUGUGCAGGUAUAUUAUGUGGGAGGCGGUGAUGAUACACUCGUGAAAUGGCUAGUUUUUUUCCUGGCCCGCCAUGCACCAGACGCAGAAGCCUUGGAAGAUAUAAUCAUUCAAGAGGAGUCGCUAUGGGAGGUGUUCUUACGGCGGGCCGGUAUGAAUGCGUAUGCUGCACAAGCUAUACUCGGACAGCUCAAAGCCCCUGAUGAUAUUCCCGAAGAACAAGUGGGCAAAUAUGGGCUUCCAGCGUUUAUCAAUAUGAUGCCAAAGGAGAGGGUUGGAGCGUUUCGAAUUCUGAUGGGUGGGGAAAGGGUGUUGAAUAGAGUCAAUGAAGCUCUGGAGCCUCAAUGGGGCUGA